UGGCUUGUGAUGUGCGUGAAAUCUGGGCAGUUUUAGUGAUCAAAUUAGGAAUAAUUGGGUCAAAUCUUGUGCCAUCCAACGGUUGACUCCGUGACUCCCAGAGUGCUUUGCGCUUGAUAGUUUUAAACAUGGCGGACACCUACAAACUUGGAGACCUAGUUUGGGCCAAGAUGAAGGGUUUCUCUCCGUGGCCGGGUAAGGUUAUACCUGCUAGAGAUAAUGUUAAGAAGCCCAGCAAGAAGCAUUGCCAUUUUAUAUAUUUCUUUGGCAGUGAAAACUAUGCUUGGAUUGAAUCUGCCAACAUGAAGCCAUAUUUCCAGUACAAAGCGCGUCUUAUGAAUGCCAACAAAACUUCAACAUUUAAAGAGGCUGUGGAUUGUAUUGAAAAAUACAUAGGAGAAAAUAAUAUUUUGGUUCCGGACAUGAAAGGAGGGACUAAUGCUACGAAUCAUUCAAAAAAAAGAAACACACCAUCCAAAGAAAGAAAAAUCAAGGCAACACCAAAGAGGCGGCCAAACAGUGAUGCCAGUGGUGGAAGUGCUAAACGCAUCAAGACAGAGUCAGUAAGACUGAAAGAUCCUUCACUCACAACGUCUCCGAGUCACAACUCAAAGGCCCGUGUAUCAGCACUUCUGAAUAGGCCAGUUCACAUUGAAAGACCAGAAACGCCGCCCUUAGAUGUGGGUAGCGUAAGUCAGACGUUAAAAGAUAAGAAAAUUGAGCCAUCUGGGCUGAAGUUUGGAUUUUUAGGCUUGGGUAUUAUUGGAUCUGGCAUUGUCAAGAAUCUUCUCAACAGUGGACACAGUGUAAUGGUGUGGAACAGGUCUUCAGAAAAGUGUGGAGACUUUGUAAAUGCCGGAGCAAAGGAAAUGAUGACCCCUUCAGACGUUAUUGCUGCAGCUGACAUAACAUUUUCCUGUGUAUCUGAUCCUCAGGUUGCCAAGAAUAUGGUGUUUGGAAACUGUGGGGUCUUACAGGAGAUAUCUGCAGACAAAGGCUAUGUUGAAAUGACUGGCAUAGAUGCUGAAACAUCUCAAGAUAUUGCUGAGGCCAUUGGAGGUCGAGGUGGGCGUUAUCUUGAAGCUCAGGUGCAGGGCAGCAAAGUUCAAGCUGAGGAGGGCACCUUAGUUAUCUUAGCAGCAGGAGACAGAACACUCUUUGAUGACUGCCAGAGCUGUUUUCAAGCUAUGGGCAAGAAUUCCUUUUAUUUAGGUGAAGUUGGAAAUGCAAGCAAGAUGAACCUCGUGCUGCAGGUAAUGGCCGGAGUAACGUUAGCGGGGCUAGCAGAGGGAAUGGCUUUAGCGGAUCGGGCAGGUUUGCAGCAGAAAGAUGUUAUGGAAAUCAUGGAACUUACCUCACUGGCUUGUCCACUCAUGAUUGAGAAGGGCAAAGCAAUUAUUGAAGGAGGAUUUCCGACGCACCUGCCACUCCAGCACAUGCAGAAAGAUCUGCGCUUAGGAAUGCUCAUGGGAGACAUGCUGGAACUUCCACUUCCUCUUACAGCUGCUACAAAUGAGGUUUUCAAACACGCAAAACGACUUGGAUAUGGGGAGCAUGACGUUUCCAGUGUUUACAUACGCACUCGAUUCUAACAGAAACUGUAAGGAUGAUUUUGAAUCUUUGUGGAAAGAAGAGUAAACCAAAAAGCAUCUGUAAAACUGUGCACUAAUCACUGUAAUACAAUUUUGCUUUACAGUACUUAGUAAUUGGUGUAAAUGUUCUCCAUUACAGAACUUAAAAUUUAAUAAUAUACAUUUAUGCACUGAAAAAGAGCGUAAAUGGUUAAUUAUAUUAUAUAUUUUUAUAUAAUAUUUAUAUAUUAUAUAUUAUAUAAUUAUAUAUAUGAUUAAUAUAUUUGUCUCAAAGAAAAUACUCCAGAGAUUUUGACAGUGCGGAUUUUGAGAUGCUUUUUCUUACUAUACGACUGACAAAUACAAUGUGCCGAGUGAUGUUUUGCCAAGUACAUACAGUCAUUGGUGUCUAAAGUGACUGCCCAAUGGACAGGUCAGUAUAUUGUGAGUUAACAGUGGAGGAAGAAUUUAGGGGGUUUGUAUAGUACCAGCUGUUGAAAUUGAUUUUAGGUUUCUUAGGCUUACCUUUGAUGUCGGCCGAACUAUCGACGAGUUUGCACAUUCGGUGAGUCAGUCCUUACUCCUUCAGUCUAUCUCUUUAGUCAUUAAGUGUGAAUGGUUUAUUGGAUGGAUAGAUAUAAUUCUCAGGUCAUCACUAAUUUGUCGAUACACAGUAUGCUAAGUAAAGAGAGACAUGCAGAUGUUAAGGCAAUAAGUGAGACUUGAUUUUAUUAUAUUAAAUAGAAAAGUAUUUUCGCAAUAUUUGUGUUUUGUUAUGUAAGUUUUACGUAAAUCAUUAAGGAUGAAGUAGUUGAAAGAAUGAAAAGUUUUUAAGCAGUGGGGAUCUUGAAAAUGUCAUUGUGGCAGUUAUUGUUCACUCAUUAGUCAUUAUGGAUGUUAAAAUGCAAAUGUUUUAUUUUAAACAUUAAGUUACAUUGUAUAAAAAAUUAAAUUGAGUGAAUUUCCAAGUAUUAUGCAGUCCACAUAUGAUUCCAGCUUCCACCCUCGAAGACAUCAUUCUUAAAUAACUCGCUCUACUAAUACACCCCCCACACAGUACAAAAUUACCUGCACUCACUGUGUUCUGUACUAGUAGACUGUAAUACUUGUAUAUAAUUUCAGAAAUUAUAAGGACCAAGAGACAUACUGUAUUCAGAUGUUUAUAUACUGUAUAAAAUUAUUUCAUAAAGGAUGUUUAAUUAAUCAUUAUAUUUGUUGUUGCUAAAUUAGAGUAUUACAAACAAAAUUGAGUUGCCUUGCAAUAAAUAUGAUCAUCCAUAACAUGAAUUAGUUUCGUAAUUGGUAAUCUACCCCCCCCUACUGGCGCCCUUGUCUAUACAAAGAAAAUUGACAUUGAAUUACUGGUAGUAUGAGAUCCUGGAGCGUUUCCCCAAGAGGGUACUUUGUUGUUAUUGUGUCUUGGUAAACCAGAUGUUUCUGAGUUGGCCAUGUUGUGCAUUUGAGGGGAAAAGUUAAAAUUUAUAAUUUUUAACAUUAAUUUAAUCUAUAAUUUUGUCUUACUAAAACUGUGUAAGACUGAAAUAAAAUAAUUUGCUAAUGAGUAACUGUA